UAUAUAAAGUGACAAGUAUAGAGCAAGUUAAGACAAUUGUAAAAAGUGCAAGCAAUAAGAUAAUGGAGGAAGAUUCAAAUUCAUCUCAUAAUUCAGAGCAUUCUGAAAUUGAACCUCAAAGUUACUCAAAAUUCAGCAAUUCCAUCAAAGAACUCAAGGAUUUGUGCUCACAACUUCAUGCAGCAGCAGGAUAUUGUGAAUCUACUUUUAUGAGUUCUAGUCAUAAGCACUUAGUUGUGGAGAACACAAAGGAAUAUGUUUGUAAGGCAGUGGUGGCAGUUGUGGAUCAUCUUGGAAGUGUUUCAGCAAAUCUGGACUACCAUAUUUCGAAAACAGAUACAGAAACAAUAUGCAUAACCCAAGUUAAAAUCGAUUCCCUUAAACAGAAGCUUUUUACCUGCCAAGAAUAUUCAGACAAGCUUGCUCAAGCUAAACUAACUUGGAAGGCAGAUACCCCUCGAUAUAAUUCUCGUUACCUAAAAUCACCUGGCUCAGAUGUUUUAAAUUUGAACAAACAGCAUUCAAGGGACGCAGGGAGUGAGAUUGUUGUAAAUAACGUAAACAACACUAAGCUUGAGUUUAAGAUAGAUGAAGAUAUUCCGCUAUUGUUUUACACUUGUAUUUCCAAAUUGCCGUCAUUAUCACAAUCCGAGGAAUCAACAUCUGAAAAGGGGGAAAAGACAAUAAACUCCUCCUCAUCAGCUAUACCAGUGCGCGAUAACUUGUCAAUUCAAUCAAAACCACAAGCCUUGUCGUUCCAGUUACAGGACAAGCGUAAGAGUAAGCGCGGCACGUUGUUUAGAAAGUCCAUGACGAGCAACGAGAUACUCUCAAUCAUUCGGAGGAGAAGAUAAUUUAACCUUCAUUAUAAGUAUAUAUUUAACAUUUUAAUAAAUGGAUUGGUAUUUUAAUUACAUCAACCUUCUUGUGGCUGGUUGGUUUUAUAUUCUAUUGUAAAUUUUAAUGUUUGUAUAAGAGGAUUGGUGUUUCCAUUUUA